CCUGUAUAUUGUAGUGCUGUACCAUUUCAAACAAGCAUGAUGAGGACAUGUGGUGUUUGAAUGGCAAGUAACAUGCACAUUUCCAGCAUUCAUUCUGGCACAUUACAUCAAGAAACAAGCAAAGCAUUCAAAUACUACAAUAAUAUCCUUUUUUGUCAUAUCAUCCUGUCGAGUCCCUUUACCAUACUUAAAAAUCCUGGCCUCAUUCUGUAGUCUAUAUCAUUAAACCACAUUUAAAUUCUCCAUCUGAGACGUCACAGACUGUGCUGCCAAAUUGUUGGGUGAUCUCCUCCCUCUGACUACAUUAGAAGCAACUCCAAAUCAUUGUGAAUUCCAGACUGAACUGGGUGGGAACAGAUCAAGUUAGCUGCUUGAGGAGUGUUAGCCACACUGCACACCCUGGGCUUUAAUUAAAACACCACUCAUUGUCCAUACAGGAUUUCUACAGGGACACAGAACAAGCCAUCCUUCUAUUGUCAAGAUAAUUCGAUUGAACUCGUAGAGAGUGCACAGGUCAAACCCUCACCCACACGAAAAAGGGCAAAAUGGAUCGAUCCGCACAAGAACUCUUCCUGAACUUCAUGAUCGUCUUGAUUACUGUGCUGCUCAUGUGGCUCCUUGUGAAAUCCUACAUGGAGUAAGACACUGCCCAGUGCUUCCUGGAUUCCUUCUGAAGAAGCAUAUCUUGUAUUGAUCUUGAUACAGUAUGUGAGAGCAAUUUAAUGAGAAAUAUGCAUGUGUGCAUACUGUAGGUUGCCUCUUCUACAUGAGGCAUAAGCUUUGCAGGCACCAGUAGGCAUGUCUGUACAUUGAUAAAUAAAAACAAAAAGGAACCAAAACCUGAUAAAGACCACCAAAGAUUGGCCUUUUUUACAACAAUGUAUGCAGCUAAGAACAAAAAUAUCAGGUUCUGUGUAACCUUUACCUCUUUCUGUCUCUACUACUACUGUGUGGAAAUUGUAAUCUGCUCAGCUCAAAUCUCUGUUUACAGUUUCUGUACUAUGCAAGGAAUAUAUCUUAUUGCAUACGUUGCAAGUAGAUCGCGGAAACAAUACUGUCAGUAAAGGCAUUGCACAGCAUUCAAAUGUUAUAAGGUUCAGUUAAACACUGUAUUUCUGCUGCACGGUAUUUAAAUGUAAAAAUAAAUGCUUUCUGUGUUC